AUGGAGCAGGCAGCCCAGGAACAGGCUGCAGAGCGGAGCCGCCUGGGGAAGUUGAAGGAGGAGGUGGACAGGGCUCAGGCGUCCCAUACCAAGCUUGUCUCCGAGGAGACAGCUCGGCUGGAGGCCAGGGAGAAGACCCUCGCUGUGGCGGAGAAGGCGGCCGCCACGGGGCGCGACGCCUUCGUCUCCCUCGAGCUGAGAUCCCGCACGGCGUUGCAGUCCCUUUAUGGAGAAGGGUACAAGAAGCCGCUGGAACUCGAGGGCAUCGUCGCCGGAGUGGGCACCAUGGUGGAAGGGGAGUGCGACGCGCUUUUCACCUCGGCCGCGACGCGCGUCUUCAACCACCUCCACCUCCGGAACCCAAGCUUCGACCUUGGUGCCUUGAUCGAGCUAGUGGCUCCUGAGUCCCACGACGCUGCCGCUGAGGCUGUGGAGAAGCAGGUAAGAGAUCUGCUGGAGAAGUUCCUCUACAUCGACCCCGCGGCCGCGACAACUGGAGCCGGCAGCGAAGAUGGCGGUGGCGUUGUCGAUGACGAGCUUCCCGCGGCGGGCGACGUCGGCAAUCGAGGCAAUAGCGGCGCUUCUUCCUAG